AUAUUAAAUAUAAUUAUUCAUUUGUUUCUUAAACAUACACGAAUAAUGGACAAAAUAAAGUAAAUUUAUUAAAAAUUUAUUGAAGUAAACACAAGAUUGAUAUCAUUCGAUGUGACUAAUAGUUUAUGAUAACUGAUUAUAAUAAGCUGUUCAUUAUGUACAGAUUAAUAACGGAUGUUAAUUAUAAAGUUAAACGACCUCAAAAUCCAAGGUUCAAUGCAAAUAUUUUUGAAAUUCUCACAUUUAGUUGGAUAUUUAAUCUAUUUAAAAAAGGACAAAGUCGGGACUUAGAAGAGAAUGAUUUAUAUGAAACACUAGAUGAUCACAAGUCUUCAUUAUUGGGAGAUGAAUUAGAAAAGGUAUGGAAAUCAGAAGUCUACAAUGCAUACAAAGAGAAUCGUAUUCCCAGUUUGUUAAGAGCAUUGUUUCAGUUAUUUGGAGCUAAAUACAUAGUUCAUGGACUUGUACAGUUUUUGAAUGAAAUACUUCUCAAAACGCCUCAACCUUUAUUUAUCGGAGGAUUGUUAGUUUAUUUUUCCAACGAUGGUCCUAACAAAGUUGACGUCGGAUAUGCAUAUUUCUGCGCAUCUGGUCUAUUGAUUAUCAUGUUAUUGUCAAUGGUUAUUUAUCAUUCAAAUCAAAUUGAAACUGUACACUUUGGGAUGAAAAUAAGAGUUGCAUGUUGUUCGAUAAUAUACAGGAAGGCCUUAUGUAUCAAUCAUACAGCUCUAGGUAAAACGACAAUAGGUCAUGUGAUAAAUUUGUUAUCGAAUGACGUGAAUCGAUUUGAUUCGAAAAUUAUAUUUCUUCAAUAUUUAUGGAUCGGUCCUCUACAAACUAUUGUGGUAACAUAUUUAAUGUGGCGAGAAAUAGGCAUAACUUCAUUAAUCGGAGUAUCUACAUUUCUUUUCUUCAUUCCAUUUCAAGGUUGGUUAGGGAAAAAAAUGUUUGAACUUCGACUAAAAACAGCUAUCAAGACGGAUGAAAGACUACGCUUAAUGAAUGAAAUAAUUUCUGCUAUACAAUUGAUCAAAAUGUAUUCCUGGGAAAAACCCUUUGAAAAGCUAAUAGAAUACGCAAGGAUGAAUGAAAUUCAACAAGUUAGAAGAUCGUCAUACAUCAGAGCUAUUUCAUUAUCAUUUAUAAUUACUAUGACCAGACUUCAACUAUUUGUCAGUUUUUUAUCGUACAUAUUACUAGGAUAUACUAUCUCGAGUCGAAAAGUUUUUGUCAUAACUGCUUAUUACAAUAUAUUGGCUCCAACUAUGGCGGUAUUCUUCAAUCAAGGAUUGUCAGCAAUACCUGAAAUGCUAGUAUCUAUUAAACGCAUACAAAAUUUUUUACUGCUUGAAGAAAAAGAUGGAUUAAAAAUAAAUAUUUCUAAAUCGACAGAUUCGGUAAAAAAUUGUGUUAAUAAUGAAUCAGUCCACACUAACGACAAUACUACAACAAAAAAUAUGAAAAUUAAAGAUAAUAUUCUAUAUUUUGAGAUAAAUAUUAUGAACGCGACAGCUAAGUGGACAGACGAACAAAGCAGUAACUCUUUAGAAAGUAUAAAUUUCAAUGCAAAACCAGGUGAAUUAGUUGCAGUCAUUGGUCCUGUGGGUGCAGGAAAAAGUUCAUUGUUGCAAUUAAUUUUAAAAGAAUUACCACUCUCAGAAGGAAAAUUAUCAAUACGUGGUAAGAUUUCAUACGCAUCGCAAGAACCAUGGUUGUUUGGUGGUUCUAUUCAACAAAAUAUUUUAUUUAAUUCACCAAUGGAUGAAGUUCGUUACAAAAAAGUUAUUAAUGUAUGUGCAUUAAAAAAUGAUUUCGAACAGUUCCCUUACGGCGACAAAACAUUUGUGGGUGAAAGGGGAGUUACACUAAGUGGUGGACAAAGAGCUAGAAUAAAUUUAGCUAGAGCUGUAUACAAGCAAGCAGACAUUUAUUUAUUAGACGAUCCUUUAUCAGCUGUUGAUACAAGAGUCGGCAAACAUUUGUUCGAAAAAUGUAUCAUAGAAUAUCUUAAGAAUAAAACGUGUAUUCUGAUAACUCACCAAAUACAGUACUUGACUAAUGUAGACCAAGUUGUUUUCAUGAAAGAUGCAACUAUAUUAGCUAAAGGUUCUUAUCAAGAACUACAAGCGGCUGGUAUUGAUUUCACUAAAUUACAAAUUGGAUCGUUGGAAGACAAACAAAAAAGCACAGUUGAGUCUGAUAUUGAAUCGAAUAUAACAAAUACUAAAAGUUUUAAUGCAUGUUUAUCUACACGUGGUUCAAACGAAAGUGUAUUAUCGUGCGUCAACGAAAGUAAAAUAAACGAUUCGGUAAAGUGCAUCGAAAAACACUAUAAUGAAGAACCUGAAAUUCGAUCAUCGGGAAAUAUGUCCAAGAGUAUAUAUAUGUCUUAUUUUUCUGCUAGUGGAAAUAUAUAUGAAGUUUUUCUUUUGUUUAUCAUAUGUUUGAUCACUCAAAUAUUUAUUUCCGGUGGAGAAUAUUGGAUAACUUAUUGGGUUAAUCUAGAGGAACAUGUUUUUUAUCAUGAUAACAAUAGUCUAAAAAAUAACACGUUAAGAGAAACACCUUAUAACAAUAAUGCAACGAAUUAUAAAAUAUCUGAUACUUUACUAUGGUGGACAAUUUCUAGACAAACCUGUAUCAUAGUUUUUGUAGUUUUUACAUUUUCAAUGAUAUUAGCUAUUCUUAUUAGAACAGCUAUAUUUGUGUCAGUUUGUAUGAAAUCGUCAAUAAAUUUACAUAAUAAUAUGUUUAACGCAAUAGUCAGAGCCACAAUGUAUUUUUUUAAUACAAAUUCAUCUGGACGAAUUCUUAAUCGAUUUUCAAAAGAUAUGGGUGCGAUUGAUGAGUUGUUAACAAUGACUUUAAUGGAUUGCAUACAAAAUGGAUUGAUACUCUUAGGAGUGAUUAUAAUUGUUGGGAUCGUAAACAUUUACCUCAUAAUACCAACAUUUAUGAUUGGAUUAAUCUUUUACAAACUUCGAGUAUUUUACAUGUCUACUUCUCGCAGUAUAAAACGAUUAGAAGGAAUUACACGAAGUCCUGUAUUUGCACAUUUCAAUGAAUCUCUUCGCGGAUUGAUUACAAUUAGAGCAUUUGAAGCGAAAAACUUAUUGUCAAGAGAAUUUGAUAAUCAUCAAGAUUUACAUUCUUCUGCGUGGUAUUUGUUAAUAACAUCAAGCAGAGCAUUUGGUUUUUUGUUAGAUAUAACCUGUUUGAUGUAUAUAGGAAUAUUGAUAUUUAGUUUUAUAGCUAUCAAUAAUAAUAUGUAUGGAGGAAAUGUUGGUUUGGUUAUAACUCAAACAAUGGGAUUAACUGGUAUGAUCCAAUGGGCAAUGAAACAAACAGCAGAAUUAGAAAACCAGAUGACAUCAGUCGAAAGAGUACUAGAAUAUACAAAUGUUCCUCAAGAAUCUGCUCUUGAAUCUCCUCUAGAUAAAAAACCACCAAAAGAAUGGCCUCAAAAAGGGCAGGUUGUUUUUAAAAACUUUUAUUUACGUUAUAGCCCAGACACUCCACAUGUAUUAAAAAAUCUCAACAUUAAAAUUGAAUCAACGGAAAAAGUAGGAAUCGUUGGUAGGACUGGUGCUGGAAAAUCAUCCUUAAUUGGAGCAUUAUUUAGAUUGGCUCUGAAUGAAGGUUCCAUUUAUGUUGAUGAUCUGGAUAUCAAUGAAUUAGGACUACACGAAUUGCGUUCCAAAAUUUCCAUUAUACCACAGGAACCAGUUUUGUUUACUGGAACGAUGCGAAAGAAUUUAGAUCCUUUCGAUGAAUAUCCAGACCUUGCUCUUUGGAAUGCUUUAGAUGAGGUGGAACUAAAAGAUGUUAUUGAAGAUUUACCCGGUGGAUUGCACUCAAAAAUGUCAGAGGGUGGAUCUAACUUCAGUGUUGGUCAAAGACAACUGGUGUGUUUGGCUAGAGCUAUAGUGCGAAAUAAUAAGAUUCUUGUGAUGGAUGAAGCUACUGCUAAUGUCGAUCCACAGACUGAAGCAUUGAUUCAGAAUACAAUUAGAAGUAAAUUCCGAAAGUAUACUGUCUUAACUAUUGCCCAUCGUUUGAAUACCGUUAUGGAUUCUGACAAAGUGCUUGUAAUGGAUGCUGGUAAAAUGGUUGAAUUUGAUCAUCCUCAUAUUUUGUUGAAAAUCAAGGAUGGAUUUUUGUAUAAAAUGGUGGAAAAAACCGGUAGGGAUACAGCAAAUUUCCUACAUAGUAUAGCUGCUGAGAGCUACAAUACUAUACAGAGAACUAAAGAAUCUCCUAUCAGAUUAAUUGAUGAAGAUGUUGAUGACUACUCAAACAAAAAUGACUAGUAUCUAUUUGAUUUAUAGGUUUAUUAAUUUUAUUCACAUGGUGCCUUCGUUUAAAAUUUAAUUUUGCUAAUUUAAAAUUCAUAAUUUUACAUUUAAUCUAAUUAAUUAUUUAUAGUUUUUAUAUCUAAAGCAGACCUUAUACAACUAAAAUAGUAUUUCAUCUUAAAUGAUUUAAUGCAAAUCAAAUUAGUAUACAUGUAAUC